AUGGGAGGGGUUGUAACCCCUGUCAUAUUUCUGCCCCCGUUGGGGAGAAACAUUUUAUCUGCAGCGAGUGUGGGAAGAGCUUUAGCCAUUUCUCCUACCUCACCAAGCACCAACGCUCCCAUUCCGGGGAGAAGCCGUUUUCCUGUUCCGAAUGUGGGAAGCGGUUCACCUACAAGCCCAGCCUGGCAGCCCACCAGAGGGUGCACACUGGAGAGAAGCCCUACGCCUGCUCAGAGUGCGGGAAACUGUUUGCCAGCAAGUUUAACUUGA